AUGUCACGAUCCAACGUCAUCGUCCUUGACAAUGGCACGGGCUACACCAAGAUGGGUUUCGCCGGCAACUCGGACCCAUCUUUCGUCUUCCCGACUGCCAUCGCGACCCGGACCACGUCGGCCGGCGGCUCGGGCUCGGGCGGCUCCCGGCCCUCGGUCCCGUCCAAGCCCGGAGGACUGUCGUCAAGCUCCAACCUCGCAUCCAAGCGCGGCAUCGAGGACCUCGACUUCUACAUCGGCGACGAGGCCUAUGCCAACGCAAAGACCUACCAGGUCGACCAGCCCAUCAAGCACGGCCUCAUCGAGAACUGGGACCACAUGGAGCGCUUUUGGGAGCAGUGCAUCUUCAAGUACCUCCGCGCCGAGCCAGAGGACCACUACUUUAUGCUGACCGAACCGCCGCUGAAUCCCCCAGAGAACCGAGAGAACACGGCCGAGAUCAUGUUCGAGUCGUUCAACAUCAAGGGCCUCUACAUCGCCGUCCAGGCGGUGCUGGCGCUGGCAGCCAGCUGGACCAGCAACAAGGUCACCGACCGCACGCUCACCGGAACCGUCAUCGACAGCGGUGAUGGUGUCACCCACGUCAUCCCCGUCGCUGAGGGCUACGUCAUUGGCAGCGCCAUCAAGCACAUCCCCAUCGCCGGUCGCGACAUCACCUACUUUGUCCAGCAGCUGCUGAGGGAGCGCGGCGAGGCCGCCAACAUCCCGCCAGAGGACAGCCGGAGGGUGGCCGAGAAGAUCAAGGAGGACUACUCGUACGUCUGCCAGGACAUUGUGCGCGAGUUCCGCAGGUACGACGAGGAUCCCUACAAGUACUUUGAGAGGUUCGAGGGCGAGCACACUGUGACCGGCAGGAAAUACUCGGUCGAUGUUGGCUACGAACGCUUCUUGGCACCCGAGAUCUUCUUCAACCCGGAGAUUGCGUCGUCAGACUUCCUCACCCCGCUGCCCGAGGUGGUCGACAACGUGAUCCAGCAGAGCCCCAUCGACGUCCGAAGAGGUCUCUACAAGAACAUUGUCCUGUCCGGUGGAUCGACCAUGUUCCAACACUUUGGCCAGCGUCUCAAGAAGGACCUCCGAUCGAUCGUCGACCAGAGGCUUGCGGCUUCGGAGCUGGCGAGCGGAAGUCACAUGCGCAGCUCGGGCAUGGACGUCAAUGUCAUUUCGCACAAGAUGCAGCGGUACGCGGUGUGGUACGGCGGUUCGCUCCUCGGUUCGCUGCCCGACUUUUACUCGUACUGCUACAACAAGCAGGACUACGAGGAGCACGGCCCCAGCAUCGUCCGCAAGUUCAGCGUCUUUGGCGGUGUCUAG